AUAUAGCAUGUAGUGCACCCCUCCCCCUCCUCCUCCUCCUUUUAGGACGUAGGAUCGAUAUUAUUAUUAGUAUCAUUGUAAUUGUUAUUAUUAUUAUUAGUCGCAGGCCCUGCCCUUCCUUGCUCCCUUGGUAGGUCUCUUCAUUCACUGUAAUCUCCUUCCGUCGUCUCUCUUUCUGUCGGUCCCUCCGUCCCGUCGCCCGUCUUUCUCUCUGUCUGUCUGUCUGUCUGUCGGCUCUUAUAUAUAUAUAUAUAUAUAUAUAUUAUAUAGUGGAGGAUAGGAGAGGAAAAGGAUAGCCAGUCCCCGUUAUCUUGAUAAACAAAAACAUACAAUUGAUAAUUCACUCAUACGAUGGGCGCUGCUGCUGCUGCUGCUGUCAAACAUUCUUCUUCUACUAGUAUUGGGAUGGGGCGACGCCGGCGUCUGUCGCUGCCAUCACUUGUGAUUUUUCUGGCCUGCUCCUGCCUCUUAUUCAGUGCCUCCGCGACAUCUGCUCGACCGACCAAGUGGUUCACGGCUUCCCACAACCGCUCCCGCUCCCACUCCCAUUCCCACUUUCGGAAAGCUCUUCUGGAAAACGGUCUUGGCGGAACUCCUCAGAUGGGAUGGAACAGCUGGAAUCAUUUUCAGUGCAACAUCGAUGAGAAGCUGAUCAAAGAAACAGCUGAUGCAAUGGUAUCAACGGGGCUUUCCGCGCUUGGAUAUGAAUAUAUUAACCUCGAUGAUUGUUGGGCUGAAUCAAGUAGGGACUCCAAGGGGAAUUUGAGGGCCAAAGAAUCUACAUUUCCUUCUGGAAUGAAAGCACUGGCAGAAUAUGUCCACAAGAAAGGACUAAAAUUCGGAAUUUACUCCGAUGCUGGGACUCAGACAUGCAGCAAGCAAAUGCCUGGAUCACUUGGAUACGAAGAGCAAGAUGCAAAAACUUUUGCCUCAUGGGGCGCGGAUUACUUGAAGUAUGACAAUUGCAACAACAAUGGUGUCAGCGGUAGGGAAAGGUAUCCCUUAAUGGGAAAGGCUCUGCUCAACUCCGGGAGGUCCAUAUUCUUCUCUCUAUGUGAAUGGGGGCAAGAAGAUCCAGCCACCUGGGCCAAAUCUAUUGGAAACAGUUGGAGAACAACUGGAGACAUUAGUGAUGACUGGGAGAGUAUGAUUUCUCGAGCGGAUAUGAACGACAAAUGGGCAGCGUAUGCAGGGCCAGGUGGAUGGAACGAUCCGGACAUGUUGGAAGUUGGGAAUGGUGGGAUGAGCACUGAAGAAUAUCGAUCACAUUUCAGCAUAUGGGCAUUGGCGAAAGCUCCUCUGCUGAUUGGGUGUGACAUUCGGUCGAUGGACAGUGUGACAAAGGAUCUGUUGACCAACAAGGAGGCUAUUGCCGUAAACCAAGAUAAGCUUGGCAUUCAAGGGAGGAAGCUCAAGAAAUAUGGGGAUUCAGAGGUGUGGGGAGGAGCGCUGAGCGGGGGCAGGCAUGCGGUGGUUUUAUGGAACAGAGGGUCCUCGCAGGCCACCAUUACUGCCUACUGGUCCGACUUAGGCCUCCGCUCCACCACUGUUGUUGAUGCCCGCGAUGUUUGGGCGCAUUCCACCCAAAGCUCCCUCCAAGGGCAGAUCUCCGCGGAGGUGUCUCCCCACGAUUGCAAAAUGUAUGUUCUUACUCCAAAGAAAUAAGCUAAUAAGCUGGUCGGAGUGGGUUGUUGGCUUGGCUGUUGACGAAAAUAGUCAGUACAGUGCAAGUCGUCUGCGAAUUUUCAGCUUCUAGUUGUCCACCGCCUCCGUGAAUAAUAUCUUCUUAUCCACACACCCACACCCACCCAUAUUGUAUUUCAUUAAAUUAUUUCUUUCUUUCUUUUAUUUUGUCAUGUAUGUAUUGUAAUUGGGGUGAGGUGUUGUUACCUACAAUAAAAUCACGAGCUCAAACAAGUCCGACACUCCUUGUCGGUCAAACCAAAAGUUAUCCAAAUUGAGUUUGAGCUCGGUUGAUUUGUACUAAUAAUAAAGUUGAGGCUGGCCGGUAUUAGUUGGAAACAAAUCAAUACCACUUCCAAUUCAAUCUUUCA